AUGAGCCGGAGCGGCGGAGCCCGGCUGCCCGCGGCCGCGCUCACCGGCCCGGGACGCUUCCUCAUGGCCCGCGAGGAGCCGGCGCCCGCGGCGGUGGCGGCGGCCGGGCAGCCCGGGGGCGACAGGGGCGGCGAGCGCGAGCGGGCGCUGCAGGGGCCGGGGGGCGCCCGCAGGGGGCGGCCGUCGCUGAGCCGCGCUAAACUGCACGGGCUGCGGCACAUGUGCGCCGGGCGCACGGCGGCGGGCGGCUCCUUCCAGAGGCGGGCGCUGUGGGUGCUGGCCUUCUGCACGUCCCUCGGCUUGCUGCUGUCCUGGUCCUCGAACCGCCUGCUCUACUGGCUCAGCUUCCCGUCGCACACGCGCGUGCACCGCGAGUGGAGUCGCCAGCUGCCCUUCCCCGCCGUCACCGUGUGCAACAACAACCCUCUGCGCUUCCCGCGCCUCUCCAAGGGGGACCUCUACUACGCCGGCCACUGGCUCGGGCUACUGCUGCCCAACCGCACCGCACGCCCGCUGGUCAGCGAGCUGCUGCGGGGCGAUGAGCCGCGCCGCCAGUGGUUCCGCAAGCUGGCCGACUUCCGCCUCUUCCUGCCGCCGCGCCACUUCGAGGGCAUCAGCGCCGCCUUCAUGGACCGCCUGGGCCACCAGCUCGAGGACAUGCUGCUCUCCUGCAAGUACCGCGGCGAGCUCUGCGGCCCGCACAACUUCUCCUCCGUGUUUACAAAAUAUGGAAAAUGUUAUAUGUUUAACUCAGGCGAGGAUGGCAAACCUCUGCUCACCACAGUCAAGGGCGGGACAGGCAACGGCCUGGAGAUCAUGCUGGACAUUCAGCAAGAUGAGUACCUGCCCAUCUGGGGAGAGACAGAGGAAACGACAUUUGAAGCAGGAGUGAAAGUUCAGAUCCACAGUCAAUCUGAGCCGCCUUUCAUCCAAGAACUGGGCUUUGGGGUGGCUCCAGGGUUCCAGACUUUCGUGGCCACCCAGGAGCAGAGGCUCACAUACCUGCCCCCACCCUGGGGCGAGUGCCGAUCCUCAGAGAUGGGACUCGACUUCUUUCCUGUUUACAGUAUCACCGCCUGUCGGAUUGACUGUGAGACGCGCUACAUCGUGGAGAACUGUAACUGCCGCAUGGUCCACAUGCCAGGGGAUGCCCCUUUCUGUACUCCUGAGCAGCACAAGGAGUGCGCAGAGCCUGCCCUGGGUCUGCUAGCAGAGAAGGACAGUAAUUACUGUCUCUGCAGGACACCCUGCAACCUGACUCGCUACAACAAAGAGCUCUCCAUGGUGAAGAUCCCCAGCAAGACGUCAGCCAAGUACCUCGAGAAGAAAUUUAACAAAUCAGAAAAAUAUAUCUCAGAGAACAUCCUUGUUCUGGAUAUAUUUUUUGAAGCUCUCAAUUAUGAGACAAUUGAACAGAAGAAGGCAUAUGAAGUCGCUGCCUUACUUGGUGAUAUUGGUGGUCAAAUGGGAUUGUUUAUUGGUGCUAGUAUCCUUACAAUACUAGAGCUCUUUGAUUAUAUUUAUGAGCUGAUCAAAGAGAAGCUCCUAGACUUGCUUGGCAAAGAAGAGGACGAAGGGAGCCACGAGGAGAACGUGAGCACUUGUGACACGAUGCCAAACCACUCUGAAACCAUCAGCCACACUGUGAAUGUGCCCCUGCAGACGGCCCUGGGGACCUUGGAGGAGAUUGCCUGCUGACAACCCUUGGACCACCCGGCACCCCCCAAACAGACUUGGAGGCCCAAAACCCAGGACAGGGGACAGCAGGCGCAGGUGGGAUGGCCCCUGAUGACAGAAAGAAGCAAGAGCCCCCUAUGCACACAUAGCAAACUCUCUGCCAAAACCUCGCUGCGGCCACGUCUGACAUGACGCGUCCUCGGGCCCCGCCGUGCGUCCCUUUAGGAGAAAUGAGUCACACUCUGGAACUGUCCGAGAACCAACCUGCCAUCACAUCUCACUGCCAGAUGUAUAAAGCACCUGCAUGCUCAGACUGCUCACGGCGCCACCUCCACGUCUGUCUCUGUACACGACUCUGCUCCACGCGUUUCCCAGCGGCCACUCUGCAGGGCACAGCGGGACCAGGUUCCAGCCCCGAGGUCACCACCCUGUGGUCACGCUGGGAUCACAGCUGCACAGUCGAGAGGAAAAGCGCAGAACUCUCAACCACGUCCGGUCCUUGUGUACUUUGUGAAGGUUCUUAACCGGCCCACAAACCCCUUCCCUCCCCUGAGCCGGCCCAUGGGCUGACCAGGGCCCUCCACCCCACCCCUGUCCCAGCGCCUGGUGGAGGCAGGGUGGCCUGGGCGACUCCAGCACUCAUCCAUGGGACCCACGUCAUUCUGCCGUCCCCGUGACCCAGCUUGUACAGUCCGAAUCUGUUUCUUCUUCCGGGGGGGGGGGGGGGGGGGUUGUUUUGUUUGUCUGUCGGAGAUCUGUUUUGUUUGGUUUUGUUUUCCGAAUUUGGGUUUUGAUGUUCUGAGGUUUGGUUUGAUUUGGUUUUUCCAUUUUCUCUGGCGUUUAUUUAUUCGUGCUUCCAGUCACGGUCAUAUUAAAAGCUGGUCUUG